AGAAAGAUAAUAAGCACUUGGCACUUGCAUAGCUUUACCCUCCAUCACCCGCCACUACAAAACUAUGCCCCCAUUUCCUUCUUUCAACCUUUUUCCUUCUCUUUCUCUUUCUCUCUCUCUCAACUCUACCACUUCCUAACUUAGACAAAAAAAACUUCUCUUUUUCUCUUCUUCUUUUCACCUCAAUUCAUCACUUUCUUCCUUCUUCCUGUGCUAUGAUAGGGUAACUAACUCCCACCAUAACACAAAUCAACGCAACCCCAGAGGAAUUAUAUAUGAGAGGUUUCAAUGAAGACCAUGGUGUUGUGGGCGGAAAGGAAGAAGAAAACGUGUGGCCCUCGUGGCUACGGCCACUUCUCAAGACGAGUUUUUUCGUUCAAUGCAAAGUUCACGCAGAUUCCCACAAGAAUGAAUGCAAUAUGUAUUGCUUGGACUGUGUGAAUGGAGCCCUUUGUUCUGCAUGUCUUGCUUCCCACAAAGAACACAGAACAAUCCAGAUAAGGAGAUCUUCAUACCAUGAUGUGAUAAGGGUGUCUGAGAUACAGAAAUUUCUGGACAUCACAGGCGUUCAAACUUACAUUAUCAACAGUGCCAAGAUUGUGUUCUUGAAUGAGAGGCCUCAACCAAGGCCCGGAAAAGGGGUCACCAAUACCUGCCAAGUCUGUGAUCGCAGCCUCCUUGAUUCCUUCAGCUUCUGCUCUCUUGGUUGUAAGACUUUUAAAUUUUCUUCUCAGAUUGUUGGAACCUCCAAAAAGUUCCGGAAGAAGAAAAUGUUAGGUGAGACAGAAGGGUCUGAUGGUGAAGAAUCAGUGAACGGCAUAAGCAAUGUAAAUGGUGGCAGAAGCAAAAUCCAUAGCUUUACACCUUCAACACCACCACCAACAGUGGCUAAUUACAGAACUGCAAAGAGAAGGAAAGGAAUUCCACAUAGAGCUCCAAUGGGUGGAGGACUCAUUAUAGAAUACAACGUUGUAUAGUUGUAUAGUGGUUUUUGUGUCAGUCACUCACCAAUCAAUAUUUAUACCAAAAAGAUACAGCAGUUGUUACCACUUCCUUGGUUGGCACCAUCACAAAAAUAUGCUGAAUUAUCUUACCUAGUUGCAAUGCCUGUGCCCUGUCACUGAGGCCGGUGUUGGAAACUACUGCUCUAUCUUGUUGUAUAGGACAAAAACAAUAGGGAGAAAAAGUUGUGUCAAAAAGCAAGUAAUAAUAUAACAUAGAGUGGGGGGUACUUUAUGUUGGUGUAAGAAUGGCAUUUGGGUACUGCUAUGUGAUGCUAAAUGUACAUAGUGGCUUGUAGAAAGGAAUUGUAUAGCAUCAAAAUUAGACAAUAAAAAAAUAUUGUGAACUCAUGAUGGGUAUUAAUUAUAUUCUCUUGGUUUGGUGCA